GUGGCAAUUAAGUAAUGCCACUCUCCAUAUAAAUAACCCAUUGACACUUAUUCUUAUCUCUAACCUUCUCAUAUCUUUGUAGGAUCCAACAUCAAUUCAAGCCAUUCAUUUUGUAACAUAGUAAUGGCUGCAGAACAAGUUUUGAGAUUGCUAGAUUCUUACUGGUUUGAGACCACAAUUCUCACCAACAAAACCCCUUCUAAUCCAAAUUCAAUCUCUCAAACCAAGGAGGAGGAAGUGCUUCCUCUUGAUACAAAGAUUCAACUAGUUCCAAGUCUUGAAGUUAGGUCCUACAGUGACCAGAACUUACCCUUCACAACAUGUGUUUUGUGUGAUUCACCAUCACCAAAUUCUGUUCUUACACCACAAAAGCUGAGGACAAUCCCAUCAGGGAGGGAAAUCAGAGAAUUCUCUAUGAGGACCAGUGAAAAGCAUGAAGAGGAAGAUACAAACAUCAAGAAAAAACAAAAGGGGUAUGGUCAUGGAAGAAGAACACACAAGAAAGAGAGAACCAGCAGGAGCUUAUCUGAGCUUGAGUUUAAGGAGCUAAAAGGGUUUAUGGAUUUGGGUUUUGUGUUUUCUGAGGAAGACAAAGAUUCAAGAUUGGUUUCUUUGAUACCUGGGUUGCAAAGACUUGGAAAAGAAGAUGAAGGGCAGGGUGAGCAAAGUAUGGUGUCUGAUAAGCCUUAUUUGUCUGAGGCUUGGGAAGUUUUGGACCAAAGGAGGAUGAGAAAUCCAUUGCUUAAUUGGAGGAUGCCUGCUAGGGGUAAUGAGAUUGACAUGAAACACAAUCUUAGGUUCUGGGCUCACACAGUUGCAUCAAUUGUACGAUAACAAAUACCAAAAAUAAAAAAUAUAAAUCAAAAGGUUAUAAAGUUUUCUCCUUCUUGUGGCAGUUCUAAGUGCAAACUUGUUCCAAGUCUUCAGCAAAUCAGUAAUUGUAAUUAUUAGAUUCUAGAUAUGAGAAUAAAUGUACAUAUAUUACAAGUUUUUCUUGUACUCAAUAUUUUUUUCCACACACACUCUCAAUCUCCCUGCAAAAUGUAAUAUAUGAAAACAGAUUU